CACGCCAUCUUUCCCUCGGUGGCCGCCUCUCCUAUUCCGGUACACGCGGUGCGAGGAGUCGUGGCCUGGGCGCACGGUUAUCGCGCGUCAACGGUGCUCGAACGCCAGGAAGCCGCAACGCGGAGCCCCCGGAGCCGGUGUUUAUGGUGGUGCUGCAGCCGUAACCGCGGGACGGAAACAUGGCGCGUUACGGGCAGAGACCCGAGAACGCCCUGAAGCGGGCGAACGAGUUCAUAGAGGUGGGCAAGCCGGCCCGAGCUUUGGACACGCUGCAGGAAGUCUUCCGCAAUAAAAAAUGGACGUACAACUGGUCGGAGUCCGUGCUGGAGCCCAUAAUGUUCAAGUACCUGGACCUCUGCGUGGAGCUGAAGAAGUCGCACAUAGCGAAGGAGGGCCUGUUCCAGUACCGAAACAUGUUCCAGUCCGUCAACGUCGGCAGUCUGGAGAAUGUCAUACGCGGCUACCUGAAGAUGGCCGAGGAGAAGACGAACGCGGCGCGCAAGCAGAGCCAGCAGGCGGUGAUCGACAUCGACGACCUCGACAACCUCGCCACGCCCGAGAGCAUCCUGCUGUCCGCGGUGAGCGGGGAGGACGCGCAGGACCGGAGCGACCGUACCAUUCUGACGCCCUGGGUCAAGUUCCUGUGGGAAUCGUACUGCCAAUGCCUGGAGCUGCUCAGAACCAACGCGCACGUGGAGACCCUCUAUCACGACAUCGCGCGCAUGGCCUUCCAGUUUUGCCUCGAGUACAAUCGUAAGACUGAAUUUCGUAAGCUGUGCGAGAAGCUGCGCAAGCACCUCGAGGAGAUAUGCAAGCUGCCGCCGCUCGUCUCGAACGUGUCCAUGAACAAGGCGGAGACGCAGCAGUUGAAUCUGGAGACCAGACUGAAUCAGCUGGACUCGGCGAUACAGAUGGAGCUGUGGCAGGAGGCGUUCAAGUCCUCGGAGGACGUUCACGGUAUGAUGAAUCUGUCCAAGAAGCUGCCGGUGCCGAAAACGAUGGCCAACUACUACCAGAAGCUGGCGAUGGUGUUCUGGAAGGCCGGCAAUUAUCUGUUUCACGCGGCCGCGCUGUUCAAGCUCUUGCAGCUGUCGCGCGAGAUGAAGAAGAACAUGUCGUCGGAGGAGCAGCAGCGAAUGGCGAACCGGGUGCUGCUGGCGACGCUGUCGAUACCGUUGCCGUCCGCGCAUCCCGAGUUCGAUCGCUUCAUCGAGACCGACAAGAGCCCGCUGGAGAAGGCGCAGAAACUCGCGACCCUCCUCGGCCUCUCGCAGCCGCCCACGCGCGUCUCCCUCCUCAAGGACAUCGUACGCUUGAACGUGGUCAGCCUCGCGUCGCCGCAGCUGCAGGAACUGUACUCGUGGCUGGAGGUGGAGUUCCAUCCGCUGGAGCUCUGCAGCAGAGUCGACUCCGUCAUUCAGACGUUGCAGGCGGACGAGAACAGCCCGCUGGCCCAGUACGUCCCGGCCUUGCAGGACGUCACCCUCGUGCGCCUCGUCCACCAGAUCUCCCAGGUUUAUCAGACCAUACAGUUCUCCAGGCUGCUGGAGCUCGCCAAGUUCACCACCGACUUUCACCUCGAGCGCCUCCUGGUCGACUGCGUGCGCUACAACGACAUGCAGAUCAGAAUAGACCACGGCAAGACGUGCGUCCACUUCGGGGUGGACCUCUCGGAGGCGCAGCGGGAGGACCACCCGGACGGGCCGGUGCUGCAGGCGAUGCCCUCCGAGCAGAUACGCUGCCAGCUGGUGAACAUGGCGACCGUGCUGCACCGCUCCAUCAACGUGAUUAAUCCCAACAAGAAGAAGCUCGAGCGCGAGAAGCUGCGCAACGCGAUGGUCGCGCACUACCACGAGACCAAGAUGAAGGAGCACCAGCGAAUACUGGGCAGGCACAAGAUCAUCGAGGAGCGGAAGGAGUACAUCGAGCACAUCAACACGGUCCGCGAGGAGGAGGAGAUGCGCCGGCAGGAGGAGCUCCAGCGGCAGCACAUGCUGGCCGAGCAGAAGCGGCUGGAGCAGGAGCGGGAGGAGCGCGAGCGCAAGCGCCAGCAGAGCGAGAUCCAGCAGAUCAAGGACCGCCAUCUCAAGGAGAAGAUGCAGCAGAUCUCGCAGACCAGCCACGGGCAGAAGGUGCUCAAGAAGCUGGACGAGGACGAGAUCAAGAAGCUGGACGCGGAGCAGAUCGCGGCGCGGGAGGCCGAGGAGCUGCAGAAGGAGCGCAGGGAGAUGCAGCAGAAGCUCAAGUCCCAGGAGAAGAAGGUCGACUACCUCGAGCGCGCCAAGCGGCUCGAGGAGAUCCCGCAGCUGGAGAAGGCCGUGCAGGACCGGAUGCAGCAGGCGAAGCAGCUCUGGCGGCAGCAGGAGGACGAGCGGAUCGCCGCCGCUGUCGAGGAGCGGUACGACGCUGUCGCGACCCAAGAGCGCCUGGCCCGCAUGAAGGAGGACCACGACAGCUUCCUGGCCAAGAUCUUGGCCGAGCGCCGGAGCAUAUACAUGGAGAAGCUCAAGGAAUUCGAGAAGCUGCUGAACGAGGAGCGCGCCAAGCGGAUGCUGAAGCGCAAGAUGGAGCGCAAGGCCGAGCGCAAGGCGAAAUGGGAGAAGGAGCGCGCGGAGGCCGCGGAACGAAGGCGACUCGAGGAGUUGCGUAUUAAACAGGAGGAGGAGAAGAAGCGUCUCGAGGAGGAGAGGGCCAAGCGGGAGGAGGAGGAGAGAGUCAGGCGGGCCGAGGAGGAGGCCAAAGAGGCCGAACGUUUGGCCAAGCUCAAGAAGCAGGCCGAGAUCAGUAGAGCCAAGGAAGCGGAGAUCGAGCGUAAAUUGGAGGAGGAGCGGCAGAGGGACAAAGAACUCACUUCCACGUGGCGUCGCGCGGACAGAGAGGAUCGCGACCGCGAUCGCGAUCGCGAGCGCGAUCGUGACCGCGACCGCGACCGCGAGCGCGAGGGUCCGAAAGCUUCGCUGGAGUCCUGGCGGCGUAAUCCUGACAAAGAGUCCGACGGGCUGAAAAACGACACGGAUCGCUGGAGGAAACGCGACGACAAGAUCGAGGACUCCGCGUGGAAGAAGAGGGAGCCGGAGCGUCGCGACGCGGACAAGUGGAGGAGAAACGACGACACGGACCGAUGGAAGAAGGACGGGCUGGAUAAAUGGAGGAAAGAUGAUAACUUUGAUAGGGACGAUUUAAGAGAUCGCGAUAGGCUGGAGAACCGUAGCUUCGACAAACGAGAUGAUCGCGAUCGCGACCGUGACCGCGAUCGUGGAAUAGAUCGGGGAGUACGCGAGAUUCCACGUGAUUCGUUGCGCGACGAUCGAGAUCGCGGCAGAAUGUCCGAUCGUCGUGGCGGCUAUCGCGACCGCCGUGACGAGCCGCCGCGGAACACCAACCAGGACUGGCGGAAACGCGACCCGCCUCAAGAUUCCCCGAGAGACCCACCACCCAAACAAGAUGAAGGUAAAGAUGACAGACUUCCGCCUAAAUCUGACGAGAGAAGGCGACCGUUAGAGGAUGAUGGCUGGUCGAAAGUCAGUCGGCGCUAACAUCAAAGCCUCAGUUAAUCGUGUAGCUUUAUAUAAGUUUAUUAUUCUCUAAGAACGAUAUAGAUUAUACAUUAAUAGACUUUUCAUCUAAUACGGAAGUCUGUCCAUUUUUAUUGUUUUUUUGCGCGAGGCUUUAUUCUUCCAGACAAGAAAAUGAGGGGGGGGGGAAUAGCUUUAGUGAAUAGUUGUACAGUGAGAUUUGAAAAAAGUAGAUAUUUUGAUUAGAUAUAAUAGAUUAUAUUCAUUGCUAAAACAAGAAAUGGCAAACUCACGUUUGAAAUAUCCGAUCCAAUAGAUUCCCCAAGUUGUUUGAAUAUUUUCAAUCGGUUUGCUAUUGUUUUUUUUUUAACGUAAUCGAUAAUCAUUUUAUUAUCAUAAUCAAAAUAUCUUCUUUCGAAAGACUAUAUGAUUAGAAAAAAUAUAGAUACAUCAAUAAAAUUCUCUUCUACUC